AUGGCUUCAGCCGUGCCUGUGAAAAAUAGUCCGCCCGAGAAUAGUCCUCGAUCUGGAAAAGUAUUUACUAAAAUACUGUUAAAAGGACAAAAACAUUUCAUUGCUGGUACUUUACCAACGACAAAUAAGUUGAAAAAAGCACUAAAACCAAAUGUUUCUCCUGCGUCUGUCGGCAGAGUGUUUUGGACGUCGGAUUCCUUCAAUUAUUAUUGUUCCGCAUCCGUUAUUACAUCGAACAAUAAAAAUUUAAUUAUAACUGCUGGUCAUUGUUGUUACGAUACGGGUACGAAAUCAUUCACAGUUAACAAACAAUGGAUAUUUGUACCCCAAUAUAAUAAUGGCAAUGCACCGUACGGACAAUGGGUCGGUCAAAGUCAGCAUGUAUUGGACGGUUGGUUAAGUCAACAAAAUGUAAAUGCUGAUGUUUGUAUGUGUAUUUUAUCGACAAAUAAUGGUAAACGUAUAUCGAAGGUGGUAGGAUCACAAGGAAUAGGAUGGAAUUAUUCAAACUUAAAUUAUAUAUAUUCAUUUGGGUAUCCGUACAAUAUUAACAACGGACAAAUCAUGAGUUAUUGCGCGACAAAAACAGUAGCUCCACUUCUUACUGCCGGAGCAGAUCACAAAGGACAACGAAUAUUAUGUACAAUGAGCCAAGGAUGCUCGGGUGGACCAUGGCUAAAAAAUUUUAGUACAUCUACUGGCCUUGGCAUUGUGAUAUCAGUCAAUAGCUUUGCAAUAGAAGGAAUUUCUGGUUAUUUAUACGGACCUUACUUUGAUAACAGCGUUAUGUCUUUAUACAACCACUGUCAAAAUAAACAAUGGUAG